GCGCUGGCGACGCUCUCCAAACUGUCAUUCGGAAUACAGACAAUCUCCAACUCCAAUCUCCAUUUAGCCAUAAGCGAACGCAUUCAUAGUCUAGCCGGUAGACGUAAGCGUGACUCGUAAGUCGUAAGCCCCCGUAGUCGUAGUCGUAGUCCUUCGCUCGGUGCAUCGCUGAGCUGCAUAAGUGCAAUGCUCUCUCCUCUUAUCGCUAUUCUGGUGCGCGCGGGGUUUUCUAUUAAUACGAGCCUGAUUUAAUGUUUGUUCUCGAUGGUUUUGGUGGAUUUAUAGGAUCGAAUAUUCGAGCUCGGAAGUUGUGCUGUGCUGUACAUUGUACGUGAUCUCGAACUGGGGAGGAUUAUGCUGUUGAUGUGGGUGGUGUUACGAGUUCUUGAAAGAAAACCGCAAAAAUGCGAGAAGUGGCUUGCAACAACGGAGACAUAGUAGCUGCCAUAGUGGCCGAAAAUCCGGAAGAAAAAUACUUUCCCAUCGAAGACGACGACGCAAACCAAACUCCUCGUUCCAUUCCGGAAACUAAAAACCCGACUAAAAAUAACCAUUGUUCCGACGGAGAGCCUCUGGACCGCAUCAGUUUCGAAUCAGCGGUGAACGAUUUCAACAGCGUGGUCGAAGACGUGCAGAAGUUUUGCGCCAGCGAUUCCCUGAAGAGGAACCGGAAGACGGCGGAAACGCUGGAUCGCUACGCGCACGCGGCCGAUGACGUCAGUGACAGCGGCAGCGAUGGCGGCGACACGUCGUCGGAUAGUGACGUCGAAAAAGAGCACGUGAUCAACGAAGGGCUGGGGCUAGCCACUAUCGCUGAGGCCGAAGAGGUUAGCACCGUUAGCAGCGCGCCGUCCUAUCAAGGGCCGGACGAUGAUUCCAGUCUGGAGGACUGCUCGACCCUGAAGGAGCAGGAGGAUCGAGCAUGGUCGGAGACGUUUUCGAAUCAGGGGUCCACGUCAGAUUUGUCCACUUCUUCAUCGGAGCGACAGUCGAAUCCCAAAGAUAGCUCGACGCGCUGCGACGCCGACUUCCGAUGGAUCCGUAAGGAGCCCCCCGCGUGCCCCCCGCCCAGGAUGGAGGCGGAGGAGGAGCCGGCGCGCUCCGGCAAGCCGCCCUUGCACCGGCCGGCGCGCGACAAGCCGGCGCGCCGGGAGAAGCCGGCGCCGGGCAGCCUCGACCGGCGCCGUCAUCACUCCAGCCGGCAGGAGCGGGACCAGAAGUCCAGGUCGUCGCACAUACUGAAGAGCCCCUCACGGCUGGACGACUUCGCGAGCAGCGGCUGCCAGGGCUGGUGCUGCAACGGGCCGCACGACUACUGCUUCGAGACCUUCCAGAGGCGGCACGAGCGAUUGGAUCCGCAGCGUUACGGCAGCAAUCCGCUGCUCGAGCAGCAGCAUCAUCAGCACGUGCAGCACCCGAGAGGCAGCCACCCGGACAUCUACGGGGACUUUAACGGCAACAGCAGAGACAGGUACCAACAGUGCUGCAGCUAUCAUGGUGCUCCUCCCAUGCCGCCGCCAUGUUGCUUUUUCGGCGACAGAGGGUACCACUGGACGCCGCCUCCGCUAUAUCCGAAGCCAGGAGAACAAGAUGAGAAAUUCAGGAAGUUGCAGUAUGAAAAGGACAACCUUCAGCUACAAGUUCAAGUACUCACUGACCAAAUUGAAGCUCAAUCUGAGAAAAUCACCGAUUUAGAAAAGCUAUUGAUGGAGAAGAAACAUCUUCUAUCAGACACUGAAGAUAAAUUGCAAAGGGAAGUUCUCUCUAGGUCAUCACUAGAAACCCAAAAACUAGAGCUCAUGUCCAUAGUGAGUGAAUUGAAGCUGCAGCAAGCCGCAUUAGAGAGAGAGAAUUUGGAACUGCGGAGUUGUCAGUACAAUAACAAUUCGGAAAUCAAGAAGCCUCCCCUGAUGCCGAGGAUGUCAUCACAGCCUACCCUCACCUCCACCCCAGUUCAACAUGUUGGUAAUCAGCAACUGAACGUGAGAAUGUCUCCUGCACCUAGUCCUGUAACUGUUUCUGGGAACAGUCCAAGAAGAAUUGAAACCACCACAACUAUUCAGGAAAUUUCAGAGCCAAAGACACCACCGGCGAAUUACAAACGUCAAAUCGACAUCCAGUACGGCAGUCUGCCGAGGCAGCAGUUCGUGGCCAAUGGCGUGAGCGCGAUGGACAGCAACAUGAACCCCAAAAAGGGGGUGGCUUUCGGUAGGGGACUUUAUUCUCUGAUAGGGGGCAGAUACAGGGGCUUCUCGGUGCCGAAUUUAGCCGAAACGGAAAAAGUAUUAAUCGAAGACGGUCCCGACGAAUCGCCGGGCUCGCCCAGCGUGUCCCUCAACAAGACCAAGGGCAUCAAGAAGAUAUUCGGGAAGAUGAAGCGGUCCGGCUCAGGCAAUCUGGAGGACUUGCCGGGCCUGAGCGAGUUCCAGCGAGGCGGGGUGCGGGCAACAGCGGCGGCCAGGUUGGGGUGGAGCGAACCGCAGAUAUCGGCCAAGCCCGACAAGCCGUUCGCCGAAUGGACCACCGACAACGUGUGCGAUUGGCUGCAAGACCUCGGCCUCGACGCCUACACCGCCGAAGCGAAGCGCUGGGUGCGCAGCGGUCAGCAGCUGCAAGAGGCUUCCAUCGGCGAAAUCGAGAAGGAGCUGAACGUCAAGAACCCGCUGCACAGGAAGAAGCUGCAGCUGGCCAUCAUCGACACGCAGGCGAACGGGUCCAGCGACUUGUUUCUGGCGCAGGCGGGGCGGUUGGAUACUGCGUGGGUGCUGCGGUGGCUGGACGAUACGGGGUUGCCGCAGCACAAGGAGAACUUCUUGAUUAAUAGGGUCGAUGGAAGGGUGCUGCACCGCCUGACCAUAGACGACUUGGCGUUGUUGCACGUGACUUCCAUGCUGCACGUGGCCAGCAUCAAGCGGGGCAUCCAGGUGCUGAGAGAGAACAACUACGAGCCGGGCUGUUUGCAGAGGCGGUCGCUGCCCGAGGAGCCCUCGCCGGCCACCCCGAAACAGAUAUCGUUGUGGACGACACACAGGGUGAUGGAAUGGUUGAGAGCUGUCGACCUCGCCGAAUACGCCCCGAACCUGCGCGGCUCGGGCGUGCACGGCGGGUUGAUGGUGCGCGAGCCGAAGUUCGACGCCGAGCUGUUGGCGUCGCUGCUGUCGAUCCCGCCGGGGAAGACGCUGCUGCGCCGGCACCUGAACACGCACUUCAAAGAGCUGCUGGGCAAGGAAAUCAUCCAGGAGAAGAGAGAGCUGGAGGCGACGUUAGGGUACGUGCCGUUGACGCCGUCGGCCAAAUUGAAGGUUCCGAAAAAAUCACAGUUUUCAUUGAAAAGGAAAAAAUCCAAAGGCGAAGCAGACUAUGGGGAUCUGGUGUGUCCAUUGAAUCCCGAAAAAUCAGGUGAACUGACAAGUUCUGGUCUUAACAGCUCUGUGGGUAUGAUGAGGACGGAAAGCCUCGAGGACGAGGGUGUCUCUCGUCACGUUGAGUUCAAGUCUGCAAGAUCACUACCGGCGUCAGUAGUGAGUUCUCCCGUACCUCAAAGACACGUUUGAUAAUAAUUAGGUCUAAGUAGCCCUCCUCCCCCCCCCCAUGCUCGCACAUGGUUUUGCCAGAUAUCCGCGUCAGAAAAAUACAUCACAAUGAUUUCCAGUUGAAUUUUGAUACCUAAAAUAAGUUCAAUUUUAAUUUAAGUCCGAAGCCUAUAAUAGGUUUCACGAUUUCAACAUACGAUAUCUCAAAAAUUAUUCAAGAUAUUGGUUACUUUGAAAAAAAAAUCAGAUUAUGUUCUCUUUUGGACACCUUAUUUCUUCAUUCCAUACACAGGGUGGUCCGGUUUGUAAUACAAAAAAUUCGACAGUGUGUUGUACUCGUUGAAAUAAUAAGGAAAAAUCAAAUAAACAUUACAUACUUUUAAACGUUUCGUUUUCGAGAUAAAGGGUGUUGAAAAUAGGAGUCUGAAUAUUGUUUUUUGAUGAAAAGUUCGAAUUGGUUUGAGAUAAAUCAAACAAAUUUCUCACAGAUACUAAACUUUUCACGCUUCAUAAGAUGAAAUGAAAAUUAUUUCAUAAAAUAAUUCAGUGGCGGCUAAAUCUGGGGGUGGUGAAGAAAAAAAUCACGUCAAUUUUUAUACGUGCAUUUCUUUCUCAAUUUGUAUACAAAAAUCUGAAAAUACAUAGAUUUCUGCGUUAAAUCGGUUCAGAAAUAUAGUAACAUUUUCAGUUCAAUAAUAAUAUCUGAGUGUAAUUAAAACAAGAGUGAUAUGCUCACUGUUUAGAGCGUAAAAAGUUUCGAAGUAUAUGUUUAUAUAAACUUUUUUUAUUAUUUCAACUAGUACAACACACUUUUGAAUUUUUUGUAGUACGAACCGAACCACCCUGUAUAGGUGUUGGAAUGUUACAUUUUUCUAAAUCAGAAACCCUAUAUUUCAUUUCAUAUGUUGAUAUGUUUUUUUUUAGAUUUCAAAAAUAUGUAAUUUUCAUACAUUUCAUGGAAUAAUUCUUGGUGACUCAAUAAGAUAAAACUCAAAAUUGAUUGAAAAUAUUGUCUAAUUGAAUUUAAAUUGAGCUGAUUUAGUUAGAUUAUUUUACAAAAAAGAAUGUCAACAAUCAAUUUCGUGGUUCAAUCAUCCUUUUCAAACAUCAUAAAAAUCACUCUCAAUAUAUUAUCAUGCAAUAAAAAAUAGGCUGUUUCAUUUGAAAAAAAUUCAAACAUCGUUCUCUCCCCAUAUAAAAUGUUUGGAGGGCACAAAUCGAAAUAGUACAACAUUUGAUUCAAUAUUUUGUAUUGAAAUUUUCAAUAUCUCAAUUAGUUUUCGAGAUAUUGAUUGUUGGAAGCAUGAAAUCUAUAGUAAAUAACCGCAGCUUGAUUGAUAUUUUGGUAGUAUGAUAAUAUUUGGGACACCUCGUAUAAAUAUCAUUAUAACUCGUCUCAUAAAUUCAUCACAAGUUUAAUUUAAUAAAAAACAACACAUGCAUUCCUUCUUAGACCCAAUUACCAAGCCUUAAGUAUUAAGAUUUUCUGUAGUAGCGAAAAAAUUCAAAUGUUAUCGUUAAUAUCUGGCAAAACUCAUUCCCAAUAGAAUAUAGAGGGUGUAUUUGUACAAAAUGAUUCCUGAGAUAAAAUUUCUUCAUUUCAUUUUAUGUAUUUCUCACAAACAAACACCCUGAGUAGAUUUAAUUGGUCUUAGAUUACUACAUUGUAGUAUACCUGAUAUAUUGAAAAACUACUUAGAUAGAUCGAUCUUAUUUUAAAUCUUUGUAGCCUCGAAAAAACAUGAUUUUAUACAAUCGUAUAUGUUAUUUCUCAUCAUUGUCUGCUGAAUAUGGGGAAAAAAUCUAGUGAGCUGUAGUAUCUGGUCUGCUCAAACAAGGGAAAUCACCUACAGGUUUCUGUGGCCGAUACAGUAGUGCCGCCGUACGGUCAACUCGAGGAAACACUCAUUUUAAUUGUUUUCGUGUCAAACCCACAUACCUUCAACAUGGUAAACGAGUUGAGCAGCUCCCUCAGCGGUGCUCUCGGCACUCUCGGCCUGCCGCGUAGUUUGUUGUUCAGUGAGUUUGAGUUCAGUAUCGCGACAUAAAGUCACGGAUCACGGUCACUCAGUCACUCAAAAAUUCAAAAAAUCAUUCCUUCUCAAAAUGGUUGCUACAGACAAUAAAAUAGUCUCCAAUUUCGUAACGUUCAUCACCUAAAUUAAAUGGGAGGUAGAUUGAGUAGUAUGGAUUAUUAACUUUUGAUCAGGGCUUUGAUUAUCUCACUUGUAAUGAGCCUGUUAUACUCAAUAUCGAAUGUAUUCACUUAUGUCACAGAGGAAUAUCCCUUGGAAAUCUAUGAAUGGAGACGGUUUCACACUUUCUGGUAGGCACAAUUGAGAGACAGAGUUUGUAACAAAUUAUCAAUCAGAAUAAACUAUAAUACUGGGAGCACAAUACAAAACUAUAUCUAUAAAUGGAAGGAAUAUUAGAACAAUGAGAAUUGAAAAAGAAAGACUUAUUGUUUCAAGAAAAAUACAAUACAAGUCACGAUGGCACGACAGCUCUUGACACUGACAACUUACAUAACCACAAAUUUCGAAAAUUUUCUAGAAAAAGGUGAAGAUUAUUUCGUCCGAUACGGUAACAUCCUCUGGUGGUCAUACACUCAACUAAGCUAUAGAGCAGACCAGUAAUUACAGCUCACUAGAUUUUUUCUCCAUAGUUAGGAGACAAUGUUACUUAUUAUGAGAGCUGUUAAUAGUUCCAUGGUUUCCUAUAUAAAAAAUAUCAAGUCAUAGAUUAGGUUUUGUGGAGCUCCAAAUAGACUACAGGGCGUUGAAGUUUACCUUUUUUCAAGAUCAUCUUCAACAUGUCAUUUGUGGUAUCAUUUUGUACAGACAAUUCAGAUACACCCUGUAAACAAAUACAUAUACAAACAUAUUCCCUAGUAUUAAUCCUAGUAUUUAUGAAAUGUCUUCCCAGAAUCUGCCUUAGAGGAAUUUAUUGGAAUUUGUUGUAUCAUGAAACUUCUCUUACAAAAAUGUUUGAACAUAUCCGAAAGUAUGUUAGAAUGGGCAGCUGAAUUAUAUUGAUUCUUCGAGGGAGUUUUAAGUAUAGCGUGGACCAAGAUAGAAACCUUUUUCUAAACAUCUGUGGUGAUAAAUGACUGUUACAUCACAUCUGCAUUGUUGAAGUCAGCAUUACGAAUUUACAUCUGCGAUUGAGUAGAUAUGAAUAAAUAUCUACUUGAUUAACUGUAAUUUGUGCCAAAAUUGAAUGAUUUUAGGAGCCAAAAACCUCUGUCUCACUAAUAAUUAUUGAUUGAUUGAUUGUCUUUUAUACCCCAAGAAACAUAUCUGUUUAUAAUAGGGAUAACAUAAUAACUUCAAUAUCCGAGUUUGAUUCAACUAAAAUUUAUCCAAUUCAAUGAAGAUUCUAAUUUCAAAGUUCAUGAGACAAUCAAAUGAAUCAGCUCAAAACAUGAAACAUGAUAGCAAAUUAUUGGUUUGGAAUAUUCAUUAAAUUUGCCUUAGAUCAUAUUCAAUUGGAUAGGAAUUUUGUUUUCAUUUAUGGACAAAAUUCUGAUGUUUUUUUUUUGUAAAAUUAACUUAUUCACUAAAUUUGAACCUUAUCAAAAUAAUUAUCUGAGUAAUAUAUGAAUAGGAAGAUUAUUAAAAAAAAAACGUGGAAACAGUGUAUACUGUCAUCUAGUUGUAUAUGAUCUGAGAAAUUCUCAUAUUGGUGAAAUGUUUUUGUAUAUUAAAUAUAUAAUAUCUAUACAGUAUUUAUUAUAAGAAUGAUAAUAAUCGUUACCAGAAUAUGUAGAUAGAUUUUUAGAUGAAUUUACAUUUUUGACCAAAUGACCACUUAUUUAUUGAUUUAAUGUAAUUUGACUAAUGAUGAUUAUGGAAUGAUUGUAAGUUGUGUUUUUUAAUACACAUCACAUUAAUUAUAAUUAGAUUUGUUUAUUUUCAGGCAAUUUGUAACAAGUGAGCUAAUAGGUAUGAUAUAACCAGAACUAAUUGUAACUAUAAAAACUGAUUACUUUCACUAGGAUACAUAACUUUUCUAUAUUUCCUGAAUCAAUUUUUGUUUAGCAUUGUAUGACGAUUUUAUUGGUUAUCUAUAUUAUAUUGCAAAAUAUUUUUAAUAUAUGAUUAAAAUAUAUCAUGUGUAA